ACCUAUCCAUCCGAACCACAAUGGGCAAGGCCACGAUGAACAUCAAGCGGCAGCAUUCCACUAAUGUCACGACUGCUGCCCUAGCGUCCGUGCUGAUGCUGCUCCUGGCUGCGGCCGGCAGCGUAGCCGCACAAGGAAGAGGAGGAGGCGGAGGAUAUGGUGGUGGUGGAGGGUAUGGAGGAGGAGGAUAUGGUGGUGGUGGUGCUGGCUAUGGAGGAGGAGGAGGAGGAGGCUACGGUGGUGGCGGUGGGUACGGAUACGACGGUGGAUACGGUGACUAUGGACAAGGGGGCGGGGGCGGAGGAGGCGGCAUGGGCCCUCCCGGUGGUGAGGGUCUGAGCAUGGAGUACUACUCCAUGACGUGCCCGUACGCCGCCGAGAUCGUGCGCGACGUGGUCAGCGCCGCGCUUGCCAAGGACCCCACCCUCGCCGCGUCCCUGCUCCGGCUCCACUUCCACGACUGCUUCGUCCGCGGCUGCGACGCCUCUGUGCUCCUCGACUCCACCAAAGCCCACGGCACCGCCGAGAAGGACGCGCUCACCAACAAGUCUCUCCGGGGCUUCGAGGUCAUCGACGCCAUCAAGGCCGCCCUGGAGGCGCAGUGCCCCGGCACAGUCUCCUGCGCCGACGUGCUCGCCUUCGCCGCCCGGGACUCCGUCUACAUGGCCGGCGGGCCCUACUACGACGUGCCCACAGGCCGCAGGGACGGCUCCCUCUCCCGCGCCGACGACACCUCCGCGCUCCCCGCCGCCACGCUCAAGGCGGCCGAGCUCAUCAAGGUGUUCGUCGGCGACCACGGCUUCACGGUGCCGGAGCUGGUCGCGCUCUCCGGCGGCCACACGCUGGGCCAGGCCCAUUGUGCCAACUUCAAGAACCGGCUCAGCGGCUUCGGCAAGGCCGGUAACGGGGUCGACCCCACGCUGGAGGCCGGGAUGGCGGCGUCCCUGGCCAAGACCUGCAAGGCCGCCGGCGACGGCGGCACGGCCAAGCUCGACGCCACCAGCAACGCCUUCGACGUGGAGUAUUUCAAGGGCCUGCAGACCAGGAGGGGGCUGCUGACGUCCGACCAGACGCUGCUCACCGGGUCGCCGGAGACGGCCAUGUAUGUGAACCAGUUCGCCGAGAGCCCGGACGCCUUCUUCGAGACGUUCGUGCAGGGGAUGGGGAGGAUGGGGCAGCUGGACCUCAACCCCGACGGCAACGUCAGGCUCAACUGCAGGGCCCUCAACUAGCUAGCCCGUACGUAUAUAUAUCGAUCGGCAUGCAAGAUAAGUACUCCUAUAUAUAGGCAUGAUGACCAGGCCAAUAAUAAUAAGCCUACACGUACGUAUGCAUGCGUACUCAUUGCAUGUAAAAACGUGCUAGGUAGGUAGGUGUAACCCCCGUAUAUGAUUGAUGCAUAAUGUGUACACUUGAACUUCUGCAAUGCAUGCAAAGCAUGAUCAAAGAAACGGACUUGUCAAAGGAGGA